UAGGCCUAGGGGUGGGCACUCCACACACAUUCGAGGCGGCGCCAGAUGCUCAUAGCUCCGGCCUCUUUUUGUCCCUGGAAUUGGAUCCCAGUGCAGGGUGGGGCAGGGCUGUUCCAUUCCCAGCACGCCUCCUCCGCUGAGAAAACUGGGCACAAGUAGGCGUUGGCUAGAGAAGGGACCAGCUGAGCUCUUUCCUAGCCCUUCCUUUCUGCCUCAGUCCAGGCCCAUGGCUCCUGGGUCCAGCCCCCCUGUCUCCCCUUCUAGGUACAGACAGAGAGCCCAAGACGCGCCCGAGGGCCGGGUUUCGGGCCGCGCGGCGCCGAGCACAUUGCUCCUGCUGCUCGCGUACCUGGCUUACCUGAUACUGGGCACGGGCGUGUUCUGGAUGCUGGAGAGCCCAGCGGCUCACGAUUCCAGGGAAAGAUUCCAGCGCGACAAGUGGGCACUGCUGCGGAACUUCACGUGCCUGGAUGGCCCGGCGCUGGACUCGCUGAUCCGGGGCAUCAUCCAAGCCUACCAAAAUGGGGACGUCAUCCUCGGCAACACCACCAGCAUGGGGCGCUGGGAGUUCGUGGGUUCCUUCUUCUUCUCUGUGUCCACCAUCACCACCAUUGGCUACGGCAACCUGAGCCCCAGCACAAUGGCCGCCCGCCUCUUCUGCAUCUUCUUUGCUCUGGUGGGGAUCCCGCUCAACCUCGUGGUGCUGAACCGACUGGGGCAUCUCAUGCAGCAGGGGGUGCACCGCUGUGCCCGCAAGCUGGGGGGCACCUGGAAGGACCCGGCCAAGGCCCGGUGGCUGGCAGGCUCCAGCGCCCUCCUGUCCGGCCUCCUGCUUUUCCUGCUGCUGCCCCCGCUGCUCUUCUGCCACAUGGAGGGCUGGAGCUACGUGGAGGGCAUCUACUUCGCCUUCAUCACCCUCAGCACAGUGGGCUUCGGCGACUACGUGAUUGGGAUGGACCCCUCCCGGAAAUACCCGCUGUGGUACAAGAACACAGUGUCCCUGUGGAUCCUCUUUGGGAUGGCAUGGCUGGCCUUGAUCAUCAAACUGAUCCUCUCCCUGCUGGAGGCCCCACAGGGCUCCUAUUCCUGCUACAGUCACAACUCCAAGGGAGACUUCAAGCAGCGAAGCGGGAGGCAGGACCCAGAUGGAGAGGCAGAUCCCCACUCCUCACAGCCAGACUGCUAUCCAGAGGGGCCUAUGGGAAUCGUGCAGCACCCAGAACCCUCUACUCAAGUCUCAUGCUGUGGAAAGGACAGCUAGCUGGCUGCAAUACUGAUAUGGUGGCUGGAGCUCUGGCAUCCAUGUUGCACCAUGAAGUAGAGGCCAUGUUUGAGAUUGGUGACAUGGUAAGACAGAAGGAGCCUGGAUUCCUGACGUUUGCAGAGCCACCAUAACAAACCUGGACUGAAUACCACCAGACUUCAUUUAUGUA